AUGGCCAAAACCUAUGAUACCGAGCUUUGCGUCUACAAGGGACCCGACGCGGUUCGCAACUACUUCGACCCCGAGAUCGCGCCUCCGACGCCCCUGGUUGAGAUCCCCGACUGUCUCAACCCGUAUCGCCGACAUGGCAUUCGCAUCUACGCAAAGAUGAUGACGAUGCAUCCGGCCAACAACGUCAAGGCCAUCCCCGCCACGAACCUGCUCGCCAACACCGUCGAGCCGGGAAAGACAAAGACGGUCGUCGAGUACAGCUCCGGCUCGACGGUGCUGUCCAUGUCCCUCAUUGCCCGUGCCGUUCACGGCAUUUCCGACGUGCGCGCCUUCUUGAGCAACAAGACCAGCCUACCCAAGAUCCGCCUCAUGCAGCUGUUCGGCAUCGACAUAACCUUGUUUGGGGGCCCGUCCCAGCCCGAGCCAUGCGACGAACGGGGUGGCAUCCGGGCGGCGCAGAGGUUGGCGCAGGAGUCGGACUCUGUCAUCAACCCCGAUCAGUACGGAAACGACGAUAAUUGGAAAUCUCACGUCAAAUGGACCGCGCGCCAUAUCCUCCGCCAACUGCCCGAGAUCAACCUAAUUUGCGCCGGCAUGGGCACGGCUGGCACCAUGACCGGACUCGGCACUUAUUUUCAAGAGGCCAAGCCCUCGGUCUUCCGUCUCGGAGUGUGCACCGCCGCAGGAGAGCGCGUCCCAGGACCACGGUCCUUCGGCCUUCUCGCCCCCGUCACCUUCCCCUGGGCAAAGGCCGUCGACAAGGUCGAAGAGGUCGGCGCGCACGACGCGUACAAGCUAUCGCUCGAUCUCACCCGGCAGGGCCUCGUCUGCGGGCCCUCGUCGGGCUUCAACCUCAAGGGGCUGUUCCAGUUCAUCGAGAAGCGCAAGGCAGCUGGCUCCCUGCACGAGCUGGCCGGGCCCGAUGGCGAGAUCCACUGCGCCUUUAUGUGCUGCGACCUCCCCUACCAGUACGUUGGGGAGUAUUUCGACAAGCUCGACGAGACGCACUUUCCCAAGAUCAAGAACGAGGAGCUCUUGGGCGUCGACCUGUACCGAUACGACGAGAAGUGGGAGCUAGACGCCGAGGAUGCCCUCCGGGCCUAUUAUGAGACCACCUUCCAAAAUUUCCUGCGGCGGGCCUCAAAUCUGUCGUUUGGUGAAAGCACCAAGCUCGAGCGUCUCGCCCAGCCCAAGGCCGACGCGACCGUCAUCGAUCUCCGGCAGGCCCCUGACUUUGGCCGGUUCUGCCUGCCGGGGUCCGUCAACAUGCCCUUUGUGCAGCGCGAGACGCCGAGCCCUUUUUUCGACACCAAGGUGCUCAAGGAUCUGUGGCAGCGGCUCGAGGAAACUUUCAAGGCGCCGGACCAGAAGCUCGAGGCGCUCAUCCGCGGGAAGCGCGUGCUGCUGAUGUGCUACGAUGGCGACAGCUCGCGCAUGGCGGCGAGCGUGCUGCGGGCCAAGGGGUACGAGGCUGACUGCAUCCGGGGCGGCCUCAAGCCUCAGGUCCGGGAGGGAGACGACACGGCGAUGGCAGGCGUCGGUGAGAAAGACAGCAAUAGGCUGAGGCAACAUGUUGCAGCCAUUCCCGUGAGUGCCGUGAAAUCGGCCUCGGGUUGA